AUGACCGCGAAGCCAGCCAAGGGGACCUUUGAUCGUGGUCAUGGGCGAAAUCGCCUCUUCGACAACAUCACUGAGACUAUUGGAAACACUCCAUGCGUCAAGCUGAACGAGCGGCUAGCCCCGAAAGGGCGUACGAUCUAUGUUAAGCUUGAAUACUUCAACCCAUUGGGCAGUGUAAAGGACCGGCUGGCAAUUGGAAUCAUCGAAAAGGCUGAGCAGGAAGGACGGCUGAAGAUGGGGGACACCAUUGUGGAGGCCACCAGCGGCAACACAGGCAUUGGCUUGGCCAUGCUGUGUGCCGAGCGGGGUUACAAGUGCGUCAUCGUCAUGGCGGAGCCCUUCUCGGUGGAGCGGCGAAAACUGAUGCGCUUCUUGGGCGCGAAGGUGGUCCUCACCCCAAAGAGUGGCAAGGGCAGUGGCAUGGUGGAGAAGGCCAAGGAGUUGGCAGAAAAACAUGGUUGGAUGCUUUGUCGGCAGUUUGAAACUCCGGCCAAUGCCAAGAUCCACUAUGACUCCACUGGUCAUGAGAUCUUGAACGACUUCGAAGGGACCAGGCUGGACUACUUCGUGGCGGGCUAUGGAACUGGUGGGACGUAUGCUGGUGUUGGCAAACUUCUCAGAGAGAAAAGACCCGAGGUAAAGCUUUGCUUAGCUGAGCCUGCAGAUGCUCCACUGGUUGCUUCGGGGCAUAAGAUGGACAGAUAUCCAGAUGGCUCAUGCAAAGCUACACAUCCAGCAUUUCGGCCUCAUCCCAUCCAGGGCUGGACUCCUGAUUUCCUGGCCAAGGUUGCUGAAGAUGGGAUCAAGGAACUGGGCUACGAUGAGUACAUCCCGAUCCCCAGCGGCGGUGCAAUUGAAAUGUCCUUGAUGCUCAGCCAGACCCAGGGGAUCUUCACAGGUAUCUCAGGAGGUGCAUCAGCUUGGGCGGCGAUCGAGGUGGCCAAGAAGGCCCCAGAAGGUUCAGUCAUUCUGGCAGUAAUUGCUGAUACGGCUGAACGUUACCUAUCGACACCGCUCUUCUCGCAAGUGUCGGCUGACAUGGAUGAGGAGGAAGCUGCAAUUUCGAAGUCCACCCCGAGCUUCCAGUUGGAGCCAAAGGAGUAA